AUGGAUAAAAUGAUGAAAGGUUUUAAGCAAAGAGUUCUCCAAAGAACUAAAUCUUUAGAUUCAAAAACCUUUUCUAAAAAGAAAGACAAAGAUAAAGAUCAUAAAUCUCAGCCUUCUUCAGCAACAAGUACCAGUAGCUCUGGCAGUAAUACAAAUGUUUCAUCCAACUCUAACUCUAAUUCAAUUGGUUCAAACAAUUCAAAUUCAAUUCACAACAAUAACAGUAACAAUAACAAUAACAAUAACAAUAAUACUAAUACUAAUACUAAUACUACCACUAAUAAUAACAAUAACAAUAAUAACAAUAAUAACAAUAAUAAUAACAAUAAUGUAAACAAUAAUGUAAACAAUAACUCAAAUCAAAUUUCUGAUUCAAAUAAAAAUAAAUCAAAAAUCUCUUCUUCAAAAAAUGAUCAAUCGUUAAAAUCAAAAUCAAUAAAUAGCUCAUCCUCAAUCGAUUCAAACACAACUUCCACCUCUGCUUCUACUUCUAGCUCAAAUAAUAACUCAAACUCAAACAAUACUAACAACAGCCUUGUUCCCCCAUCCGUAAUAAUAACUGACAACUCAACUUCUUCAUCCUCCUCCUCAUCUUCAACUUCUUCUUUGUCAUCAAAAUCAAAAUCAAAAUCUGCUAAAUCUAAUAUCACUUCCUCUCAGACCACCAUCUCCAGCUCCAAUAAUACUCAACAACAAUCCUCCAGCGAUAAUAACAACAAAGCAUUAUCAAAUAAUAACAACAAUAAUUCUCCAAGUCAUACUGAUCAAUCUCAAAAUCAAUUAUACCAACAAUUUCAACACUCUCCACAACUUCAACCUUCCUUACAAACUCUAGCUGCUCCCUUAAACUCAACUCCUUUAAUCUCCUCUCCAACAAACGAUUCUGCAAAUAACUCAUUUAUACCACGUUCUUCUCACUCCUUUGAUAGAGAUAGAAGACUACUAUUAGACACUGAUAUUGAUCUAAUAAAGACCCCUCAAAGACACUCAUCUUCAAGAUUCGAACCAACUUCAAAAAAACAAAC